UCAAGUUCUUCCCUUUUCACCUCAUCUCCAGCUUGUCGCUGUCAAAUCUCAUCCACGGCGGAGUCGGUGCGGUGCAGCUCAGCUAGUCUCCCCGCCCGCCGGGAUCUGAGCCACCGUCAACCGAAGUUGUGGAGGUGACCCAUUCUAGCUAAGGAGAUGUAUGCGAAGAAGGCGUGGGAGUUAGUGAAAGAAUUUUCGAGCAGUGAAUCUGGGCAGCUUUCAGCUUUCAAUAGUGAUGUGUUUGCUCAAGUAAUUGAAGAAUGCAAUACUCAUUUCAGUCAGCUCCAAUCCUUGCUGAGCAAAAUGCAAGAAGAAGGGUUGGACAACCAAACAGCUAGAAAUGCAGACCACUUUGGAGCACUCAUCCAUCACCUUUCUUUAGUCCGUAACAAGCGCUGCCUUAUGGCUUAUGUAUAUAACCGAGCAGAAGUCAUUCGAAGUUUGGGCUGGAUAAAAGAGGCUCCACUUCCUGAAGAAAUACAAGAGAAGCUCAGCAGUUCGGAGAAAGAUUAUUCGCAGAAUCAUUCCGCAACUAUUAGAUCCUAUCGGUUAGAAAUGGAUAUUGAUUUGGCUGUGGAUAUGGUGCCUCCUAAAGAUCCAUACAUUAAGGUUUGUGUCCUCGAGGACAUUGGCAGUGUGGCAUUCAGUGAUCAGAUAGCCAACCUUGCUCGCCAUGCAAUUCUCUUUCUUAGAUGAACUGAUGCUGAGACCUACAUCUCACAGGGCCUGAUGGAAGAGCUUACAGAUUGAGGCAUCUAUUUGUUUCUCAUACAGCAUACAACAGCGUUUUCCGAAGUAUCCAGAACCAAUCAAGGUCAACCAUGGGUUGGCCGAUGUGAUUGAUAUUGAAAGGUCCAAAGAAGCAAAAUCUGUGGAAAAUCAAGCCGAAGUGCUGUGGAACGAUGGUGACCUCCCCUAACUGCUCACCAAAUUUGUAAAAUUUUAUCAUUUGCACUUUCAUUCAGGUGUUAACGAGAAGUUUUUAUGUUUGAUGGUGUGAUCUUCAAAUCUAAUGUAUGAUUUGCUGCCCUUUCAUUAUCUAGUUAUUUAGUUCUUAUAAUGACUAUGGUAAAUUGUUGGAAGGUUGCUGACUGCAGUACCCAGUACCUUCUGAUGGAAGUCGAAUAACGUGGUUAACGCUUGAAUAUAUUCCUCGCUUAACGCGUAUUCACUAA